UCAGCGGUGCAGUGUGUGUUUCUGAGUGUGUGUGCAGGCGUCUCGGUUCCAGGUGCUGUCCCCGGUGUAACCUGACCUGCUCUUUAUUAAUAAAUAAUGCAUCUGAACCAGUCAGCUCAUCCGUCAGCUCGUGAGAUAGGUAGCUCCGGCUUAUUCUGCCAUUUGCCCUCCAAAAGGACAGAUACAGACUCCAACACACAACACAACAGAGCUGGAGCUAAUCUGACAGUUUGCAGGUUUAGGAUUCAAUUUCAAGGAUUUUUGAUUUCCCUGUGUCACCUGGAGCGACCUCAACAAUCAUGAAUCCUGAGUAUGACUACCUGUUCAAACUGCUUCUGAUUGGUGACUCUGGGGUUGGAAAGUCAUGUCUGCUGCUUCGCUUUGCGGAUGACACCUACACUGAGAGCUACAUCUCCACUAUCGGAGUAGACUUUAAGAUCAGAACCAUCGACAUGGAUGGAAAGACAGUGAAGCUACAGAUUUGGGACACAGCAGGACAGGAGAGGUUUCGAACCAUCACCUCCAGCUACUACAGAGGAGCCCACGGCAUCAUCAUCGUCUACGACGUGACUGAGCAGGAGUCCUUUAACAACGUGAAGCAGUGGUUGGAUGAGAUAGAUCGUUACGCCUGCGAGAACGUUUCCAGGCUGCUGGUGGGAAACAAGUCUGACCUCGUUAGCAAGAAAGUGGUGGACGCUGCCACCGCUCAGGACCUGGCUUCGUCUCUUAAGAUCCCCUUCCUGGAGACGAGCGCUAAGAGCUCUGAUAAUGUGGAGAGGGCUUUCCUCACCAUGGCCUCUGAGAUCCACAAGCGCUUGGCCAGUGAGGGAGGGGGGAUGCAGAGAGAGUCGACAGAGGCCAGGGCCCAGAGCGCCAAGAUCAACAGCGCCCCUCUGUGGCUGGGAGGGGAAAAACAGAUGCAGGAGGCCAGUAACUGCUGCUGAGCAGGAGAUGUGCUGACCUGUCUACAAUGACAUGUACACUGUUCAAAACAGAGAGAUGUGUCAUUUUAAACACAUCCACCUGUCUAGUUUCUGGACUAUGUGAUUGUGUGUUUCAGACACACACAUAUUGUCAGAAUUUACACGUUUGCUAUUGAACUAAAAUCAUAUAUAAAAUGCAACUUUUCAUGAACAAAGACAUGUUUUUAGCUUGGCUAUAAAAUAUUUUUGAGCGUGGUAUUUUUGAAUUAAGUAUAUUAUGGUAUUUCUGCUUUAAAAAGGAACAAACAGAUGACAGGAAGAUCAGUAACUUAGCCAAAAGAAACCACCAGAGCAGUGUAUGUGACAAGGCCUGGGAAGAGUUUUAGAAAUACAGAGAACAAUUUACUCUGUUACGUCUUUAACUCAAGAUAAAAGGUCAACAUUGCAAAAAGUGGCAUUAUGAAAGUCUAAUGUGAAGAUAGUAAUAUUAAUAUGUGGGAAGAGUUUCAUGUAAAGAUGUGAUUUUAGCAGCUUGAGCUGCUGUUGUUGAUGAAUAUACAGUCACUUACCAUUGUGUGUUCUGUUUGUCGUUUAUGUCAAUAAAAGAUAUUUCACUUGA